UCUUCCUAAAGGUUUUGCAAAUUUUCAAAAAAUUUGGGGAUUUUUUUUGCUGAAUUUUGGGAUUUUUUUUCAGACAAGGAAACAAUAUUUUUUGGUGCCCGUAAAUGAAGACAACAGGAGGAUUAAUGAGUUACUACAGAGACAAAGUCCAGAUGAAGAUCAGUUCUACUCUUUUGUAGGAUGUCCGUGUUUACGAUGCAGCGCUGAUGUCCGUCCGUGUUCCGCGCUCCGGUCGGACGGGGAUUUCUGUUGAAUUGCGCGCUCACUUCCGCUUUUGAUGACGUUUCGUGCUCAGACGAUUCGUCGGCGCGUCGUUAGCGGCAGCCCUACUCUGUUGUGUUCAUUAGAAGGGAGGCGCUGCUCUGCUCAUGUGAUCCAAGUACAGAGUUCAGGAAGAAAACAAAAGUUUCACUGAGUUCAGACUCCAUUUUACAGCGGACAGAGAACGACAACAAGACUGACUGAAGUCCACAAGAUGAGUGAUCGUGAGGAGGAGGAGUUUCCAGCCUCCAGCCAUCUGUCUAUGAAGAGUGACCGGUCCAAAAAUGAUCCUCCAUUCUUCAGUAAAGAACCUGAACCUUCAGACACAAAAGUGAUGAAGAGGAGAGGAGUUUGUGUGGAGGAGCAGCCGUCCUGCUGUGCUCGGUGUCAGGACGUCCUGAAGGAUCCAGUCUCUAGCAGCUGUGGACACUGGUUCUGCAGACAGUGCAUCAGCUCAUACUGGGACCAGUCUGCUCUAUCAGGACACUCCUCCUGUCCCCAGUGUGGAGAAAGAUCCAGAAGCAGCAGCUGUGGACAAAGUGUUAGUCUGCAGGAGGUUCUGCAGGAACAUAAGAUGAGUCUGAGGAGGAGAUGUGAACAUGUGACUGAAGGAAGUGAUGAAGCAGGAGGUGGACCCCUCCUCAACAGGAUCUACACUGAGCUCUACAUCACAGAGGGACACAGUGGAGAGGCUGAUGUCCAACAUGAGGUGGGGCAGCUGGAGACAGCUUCCAAGAAGAGCCUCCAUGACACUCCCAUCAGGUUCCAGGACAUCUUCAAAGCCUUACCUGAGCAGCAGAGAGCCAUCAGAGUGGUCCUAACCAACGGCGUGGCUGGCGUGGGAAAAAGCUUCUCAGUGCUGAAGUUCACUCUGGACUGGGCAGAGGGCGGAGAAAACCAAGACGUCAGUGUGGUGGUGGUGCUUCCGUUCAGGGAGCUGAACUUGAUCAGAGAUGAGCAGCACAGUCUUCUCACGCUGCUCCAUGUUUUCCAUCCAACGUUACAGAAAGUGACGGCAGAGCAGCUGGCUGUCUGUAAACUUUUGUUCAUCUUUGACGGUCUGGAUGAAAGCAGACUUUCACUGGAUUUCACCAACAGGAAGGUUGUGUCUGACGUCAGCCAGAAGUCAUCGCUGGACGUUCUGCUGGUGAACCUCAUGGACGGGAAUCUGCUUCCCUCAGCUCUGGUCUGGAUCACUUCCCGCCCUGCGGCAGCCAAUCAGAUCCCUCCUAAACAUGUGGACAGGUUAACAGAAGUACGAGGCUUCACCGACGGCCAGAAGGAGGAGUACUUCAGGAGGAGGUUCAGUGAUGAAGAGCACUCCAGCACAAUCAUCUCCCACAUGAAGACAUCCAGGAACCUCCACAUCAUGUGUCGACUCCCACUGUUCUGCUGGAUCACUGCUACAGUUCUGGAGCACGUGUUGAGCACAGAGCAGAGAGGAGAGCUGCCCAAGACCAUGACUGACAUGUUCUCACACUUCUUGCUGGUUCAGACACAGAGGAAGAAGAACAAGUACCAUGAGGGACCUGAGACGAGUCCACAGGAGCUGAUGGAGGCUGACAGGGAAGUUCUUCUGAAGCUGGGGAGGCUGGCCUUUGAACAUCUGGAGAAAGGAAACAUCAUGUUCUACCAAGAAGACCUGGAGCAGUGUGGUCUGGAUGUGACAGAGGCCUCGGUGUUGUCAGGAGUUUGUACCCAGAUCUUCAGAAGAGAGUGUGUGAUGUUCCAGAAACCAGUCUACAGCUUUGUUCAUCUGAGCAUUCAGGAGUUUCUGGCUGCGGUCUACAUGUUCCACUGUUACAGUAACAGGAACACUGAGGUUCUGGAGAAGUUCCUGGGAAAAGACUGGAACGUUGAUGAUGAGGAGGAGGAAGAGGAGGAUAACACAGACCUCUCAUCCCUGGAUGUUUUCCUGGACAGAGUCAUGGAGAAAUCCCUCAGAAGUAGAAAUGGUCACCUGGACCUGUUUGUUCGUUUCCUUCAUGGCCUCUGUCUGGAGUCCAACCAGAGACUCUUAGGAGGUCUGCUGGGUCAGACAGAGAACCAUCCCGAAACGAUCCACAGAGUUAUCAACAACCUGAAGACAAAGAACAGUUAUGGAAUGUCUCCAGACAGAAGUAUCAACAUCUUUCACUGUCUGAUGGAGAUGAAGGAUCUCUCAGUUCAUCAGGAGAUCCAAAAGUUCCUGCAUUCAGAGAACAGAUCAGUGGAGGAACUCUCUGAGAUCCACUACUCAGCUCUGGCCUCCAUGCUGCAGAUGUCAGAGGAGGUUCUGGAUGAGUUGUACCUGGACAACUACUGGACAUCAUAUGAGGGAAAACUGAGACUGAUUCCAGCUGUGAGGAACUGCAGAAAGGCUCGACUUACUAACUGUGAACUCUCAGAGAGUCACUGUGAAGUCGUGGCCUCAGCUCUGAAGUCCAAGCCCUCCCAUCUGAUAGAUCUGGACCUGAGCUGCAACAAGCUGCAGGAUUCAGGAGUGAAGCAUCUUUGUGAUGGACUGCAGAGUCCAAACUGUAAACUGGAGACUCUCAGAUUGGGGAACUGCAGUUUGUCGGAGAUCAGCUGUGAUUCUCUGGUCUCAGUUCUGAAGUCCAACCCCUCACAUCUGGAACAUCUUGUCCUGAGCGGCAACGACCUGCAGGACUCAUCAGUGAAACAUCUGAGUGGUUUUCUGGAGAGUCCAGACUGCAUCCUGAAGACUCUGGGAUUGUGGAGCUGCAGGUUGUCAGAGAUCAGCUGUGAUUCAGUGGUCUCAGCUCUGAAGUCCAACCCCUCCCAUCUGGAACAUCUGAACCUGAGCAGGAACAACCUGAAGGAUUCAGGAGUGAAACAUCUGUGUGGUUUUCUGGAGAGUCCAGACUGCAUCCUGAAGACUCUGGAACUGAGGUGGUGUGAGUUGACAGAGAUCAGCUGUGAUUCUCUGGUCUCAGCUCUCAAGUCCAACCCCUCCCAUCUGGAACAUCUGGACCUGAGUGAAAAUGAAGAACUGUGUGAUUCAGGAGUGAAACAUCUGUGUGGUUUUCUGGAGAGUCCAGACUGCAUCCUGAAGACUCUGGAAUUGAGAGGGUGCAGUUUGUCAGAGAUCAGCUGUGAUUCUCUGGUCUCAGCUCUGAAGUCCAACCCCUCCCAUCUGGAAUAUCUGGACCUGAGAUGGAGCAACCUACAGCAUUCAUCAGUGAAACAUCUGUUAGAUCUUGAGGAGAGUCCAGACUGCAGCCUGAAGUAUCUGAGCUGGAAUAUUUAAUGAUCAGGACGGUGUUUGUUGAGAGGAUGAAGUGUGUCCUGAUGAUCCAGAGGUUGAAGCAGCAGCUGGUGUGUAGAGACUCUGACUGGACCAUGUUACUGGGAGGUGGACUAGGAACCAGUGUAAAGUGUGUUGUUGUCACUGAGUAGUUUAGUGUUGCAGCUCCACACUGAAAGAUGGAGAAGUGCAGUUACCCUCGUGUCGUCCUGUGGGUCAAAUUGACCCAUUUUAAAGUUUAAAAUAUAAAUAUUUUCACAGUGAAACUUCUGAUGUCCACAUUUUCAACAUUUUGGGGAAUUUGUUGAACACUUUUUCGGUGGAAUAAAAAGAAAUGUUAAAAAUGUUUCUUUCUGAACAUUCAGAAAAAAAAAAUCAACCAAAAUCUGGCGAAUUUCGCCGGAUUU